UAUAUUGUUUCUUAUUUGUUGACAUCAGUCCCCAAAGGGAACUGCCGCCUCUGACAUGGCCAGAGGGAGGCCAGCUGCUACUGUGCUCCCUGUAGGGACAGUAUCAGCUUCUCUGUCCUGCAGCCUGUGGCUGUAAGUCAGUGUGGGGAUGCAGGCUGAUGUGGGGGUGAGCAGCACAGCUCGGGAGGAAGCUGAGCAUGUCCUCUGGUUGGUUGGUUUGCUUUGUAUCCUGGAUACUCCCUAAUCGCACAGGAGCGCAGCGCUGGUAGAUUUAAAUGGGGGCUUGUGUCGGGUCACAAUUCAGAACGCAGCAGGAUCCUCUUCACAAGACCAGGCCCUGUUGGGGAUGGAGACGUGUCCUCUGGGGGGUCAGCCCCACAUACCAUGGCCCCUUGCUGGGCAGUGAUCCUCCCUUGUAUUUCAGGAAUCGCUUGGAGCACUAGCAGGAUGGGUAACUGGGCCAAAGGGUAAUGCCUUCAGCACUUGGAGCAGGGAGCAAAGGAUAGCAGGGGGGGGUGCUUCCAGCUUUCCUGUCCUUCCCAAAGAUGUAAAUCGUCUCCAGGACAGUGAUAGAAUAGGAGGCUGCCAGCACUUCAGCAGCCCCUAGCUGGAAAAGAGAGGGAAGGAUGAUCUACCACAGGAUCGGGAAUGGCAGCAUGUUCUGAGGAGGUGAACAGGGAGGAUGGAGGAGGAAUCCUCACAUUGGUUUAAGCCCAGUCCAGACCAUUCAGUGUGAAGCCUUGGGUUUCCCACCUCUGCCUCAUGCAAUUUCUUGCACUGCUCUGAAGAGCUUGGUACUAGGGAAGGCCCCAAGAUGGGACAGACCAUGGGCUGACUAUGAUGCUCCUGUGCCCUGUGCAUGUGCUUGUACAAAAGAGCUGUCUCUGGCCUAGUACUGAAUCCAGUGAUGCCCUAACCUACCAUAGGCCCCAAACUACUACAGACAAUGCCAUGCCCUUUGAGUGCUGCUUCUGACCUGUCAAAAGUCACUGAUCUCAGCCUUUGGGCUCUACUUACUAUGAGGAUCACUUCUGCUUUUUACCAGGAGAGGAGCUAUAGGCUGUGGGCUGUCAGUUGUUCCUAAAUGCUGCCUUUACAGACUGAGUGAAGACCAAGGCUAAGAAGGCUUGUGCAGAAUCUUUUCCUCCAGUUGCAGCAGGUCCCAUUUUACUGGGUGGGAAAGCCCAGACCUGCUAACUUUUUUUUUUUUUUCUUUUGGGGCCGGUAGGAGGGGCUGACCCAGCUCUAUCAGUGUUAUGCCAAUGGCAGCCUUUAGCAGUCAAAUAUGAGCCCCCAUGAUCCUGAUCAUGCUUGCUCUGCUGUAAACCGGAGAGCGAAGCCCAUGACGUGAAGAGCAGCAACGGUCACGGAGAAUGAAAGGAAGGCUGCCCAGGUGACUCGAUUCCAGUGUGAGAGGUUGCAGGCUCAUUUCUAGAGCCCCUGUAAGCUGCAGAGGGAGAUACUAAGGUGUAGAUGCCAUUUCCAUUUUCAAACCUUCAGAAAACGGCCCCGUGUGCUGGGAGCUGGGCUCCAAAAUACUGAGGCCCUUGAAUGGAAGCUGCCAUUCGGCAAUGAUGCAACUGAUUCGGUGCCAGGCAGCAUGUCAGGGAUGGAAGCAGGGAAUCCUUGGCCCCCAGCCUGCUGCUCAGUCUCUUGGGCCACAAAACCUCCCACAGUACAAUGCCCAGGAACAAGAGGUCAGCGAUGGAGACCACAGGGUCUUUAGGAGAAAGCAGAAGGAGCUUGUACAAGUGAGGCUGAGUUGUUUAAUUACUUGCUUCAUUGCUGAAAAGGGAGUGGGAGCUGGUGCCAGAAAAGGCCCCCUCAUUUCUCUGGGGAACAAGCAGCUUUUGGUGCUGCUGGAUCGAUGUAUUCUUCCCUCCCCACAGCCAGCGCUCCCUUUGCUAGCAGGGGCUGCAUCAGGCCUGUGUGCUAUGAUGAGGGGCAACGCUUGUUAGGGUGGCUCGGUCCUCCUGGGAGCUGAAGGGGCAGGAGCCUAGCGAAGAGGAGUGGAUGCUGCUGUUUUAUACAUUGCCAGAGCCUUCCAGCACCUCCACUCUGCAUAAAGGUGUUUUGGUUUCUAUUAAAGGUUCCUCGGUGUGGGUGGGUAUUUUAGUUCUGGAACUGAGGGCAGUGAUACUGGCAAGGAUCAAGGGUGAAGGCUUUAACCAAAACCCUUUGCUGGGAGUUUUCCUCGUUUCACCAUGGUUCAGAUGAUGCUCACAGCAUGAGAGCUACUGCUCAGGGUCCCCUCCCUCAACACUGCCAGUGACCUGCAGCAUCUCCUGUCCCCACAGUCAUCCUACAACUGGGCUCUGACAGCUCUGCUAAUACAGUGCAGUCUUCACCUGCAUGCGGCCAGCAGCUGCAUUAGCUUUGGACUGAUAGACCUUGUCUGAACUAGACCUUGUUACCAGAAUUGCUGCUGGAGAUGCAGCUAUGCCAACAAGGGUGCCCUUUUUGGCAUGUUAGCUCAGCUCCAUGACACUCAGCCAGGCUAACGGCACCCUGGGGCCCAUGGGAGUCUUGCAGCAUUACCACUGUGAGGUGUGCCAGCACCUGCGCAGGAUUCUCAAGAAUAAACCCAGAGAUUUCAAAAAACAAAUCCAUAGCGUUAAAAACAUCCUGCCCUGGUUUGAGUUUUCUGAGCAACAGAAGAAUUGCUCUGCUGGUUUUUUCAUAGUCAAAUGAGUGAAAGCUAAGAGCUGGCAUUUUCUGAGGGUGCCUUGAGUCUAGGAAGGUCGAGCGCCAUGGUUUUAGCUCAUGCCUAUGGGGCGAGGCAGGGCGGACAGUCGGAAAGCUCCUGACAGCCUAUUCGGCAUCUCCACAAGAGGGCUGUGUUGGCACAGCUAUGUCAGGGCAGUGGGAACAGCAGCGGCUCUUUUUGGCUGACAGCCGCAGCCUAGCCAAGCCUUCAUAGCAGGUUUAAGAGCGGGGCUCUGCUAUAACCUGGAUUAGGGGAUUGUCAGUUAACACCCUUGUAGAUGCUGGGCUAGGCACUUUUCUUGGUGUCCCAUGUGAGCUGUACCUCAGGCUCAGCCAAGCACCCUCGAAGGGCUCUUGAAGUGUCUGGACCUGUCGCCUUUAGCAUUUCACAGUGAAACAGCACAAGGGUGACUCGGGCCAGUGCUUCUCAUCUAUCACCCCUGUAGCAGGCUUGAUGUGAAUGAUUUCUGCCACCGGUGCAUCGGGGAAGAAACUUGUGCGGCACAGGAUCUUCAAGACACUCAUUCUCCUGAGCACAGGCAUCCUCAGAGACUUAUGAAAAGGCAGGGAGAGUAACCCUGAUAAAGGAGUCUACACAGCAAUUUCCAUGUUGCAUGCAGUCUCGUGUUAAAAAUGAUCAUCCAAAAAUCGAGGAUUAUGCCCCAGAGGCUACUGCCUACUCAGUUUUCUUGUGGGCUCCUUGCAAUGUCAUUUCUAUGAAGGGAGCCAUCCAUUGGGCAUAUAGGGGCCAAAUUGCUGACUCUUAAUGAGCAUUGGACUUAUGAGUAGAGUUUCACAGUUACAUAUGGUCAACAUGGGGCUGGAUGAGAACCAAUCUGAUGGCCAAAUACGAACAAACCCCAUCUGGUUGAUCCCAGGUGAGUGAUAUGGUGGCAUCCAUCCCAAUCAGCAGUGAAGAAAGGUCCAAGUUGUCAUCCCCUCUCUGAAGCCAAGGACUUUUCACCAAAGCAGGCAGCUACUUCUGAGCAACGUGGUGCUCCAACUGCAGAGAGCUUGAUAGCCAUCAAGACUUUUUCCAGAAAUCUCAAGGGGCAGAGGCAGCAGGACUGCAAGUGGAAGCAAGAGUCAUUGCAGAUGGCACGAGAGGAGGCCAUAGGGGAGGAGAUGGGAAGAGGAGCAGAAAGGUGAUGUGGCCAGUGAAGAGGCUAGAGAAAGCACUCUCGGAGGAGGGGAUGCUGGUCCCCUGAGUUGUCCUUUUCUGCGUGGUCGUCACCCUCCUCUCUUUGACUUCUUCAGCACUGAUUUUUCUCUUUACUCCCAGAUGGCUGAGCUGUGCCUGGUGUAGUACUGAUCCUGGUAGCCCCCUACUCAAAGCUGCCCCCCACUCAGCAAGGAAUCCCUGCUGUCAGGCCUGUCAGCCAGUUCUUCAUCCAUUUGGCCCCUGUUCUGUGGAUAUUGCAUGGCACUUAUUUUUCCAUCAGUGUCCAAAGUUUACAUCAGAUGCUGUACAGAAGCCUAAGCAUGUUAGAGCUCCUCAGUUACCUGUACCAACACAACCUGAACCCUGCAGAGUGAGAUGGAGCUCAGAUUUGGUUGCCAAAUUACUAUAUUUCACAUUCACAUAUUUCACAAUGCUGCGUGAAUGCUUCAAACUCGGAAUAGUCAGGUUUGAGCGCCUAAUGAUGUCGCCAAAAUCCACAUGAAAGCACUUCUGUGAGUGUGGCCUGACUUUCUAGGAUGCCGAGCACACACAAGCCCUGCUGGAGUCGAUGUGGAGUCACAGAUAUUUCACUCUUGGGCAGUGGGCUCAGGACAAAAUGAUGGUGAGGCUGAUUUAUUUUCAGCCACUGAACGUUUCCUUCCAUUUGAUUAUUUCGCUGCUUGUUUUUUAGUUCAGCAGGUGAAAGUCCAUGCUGGGGAUCAUCCACUGGUUUGAGGUGAAACCCUCCUUCAUGCUUUGCUUUGCUAAAGCAACUGCAUGAUGCCCUGUAUAUUGGCUCUAAGACCCAGGAGGAGCCUUUGCACUGGGAUUAUGGAGGGGAGGGGAAGAAAGUAGGUGGAACAGAGAGGAAUAGAGGGGUUUUUUUAAGGUCCAGCCAAUAGGCUUGUGCAGCCCGGGCAUCUUAUGUCUGUGACCAGUGGAUCUAAUUGCUUGUAUAAAAGAUAGUUCAUUAGAAGCUGGCUUGUCAGUGCAAUUUGGUACAUAUGAAGGGCAAAUCGGUGGUGUGUGUGUGACCCACCAGGUCCUCCCCGCUGAACGCCAGGCCAGUGCAUCCCUGCUGAGAACUGCCUGCCAGACCUGGGCCCUUUGGAUGCAAGAGGCAUUUUUGGCUGGGAGCUGUCAGCUGGAUGAGCCAGGCUGGGCUUCCCUUGGCUUGUGUGCGUGCUGGGACAGCAUGUGGUGCUUGUAGUUUCUUUUUUCCACUUUGGAAGUUGCUUGGCCUGGGAGUGCAGCCGGCUCCCUUCUGAGGCUUUGGCUCUGAGCAAGGCUUGGCAGUGGAGGGAGAGGGAGAGGGGAACCUGAGCUAGGCUUUUGCUGGGACGCAGGGAGAGCUGCUGAGACCAUGAGAACCCGAGGCACUAAUGUAGGGUAUUUUCUGAUCUGUUGUGGCUGGCUUCUGGUGAGCGGGCAGCUGAGAGGCACAGAGGCAGGAUGCAGCAACCGGGGGAGCCAUCAGUGCUGCCCUGGGAGGAAUAAUGCAUGCUCGGAUCUCACGAGCUGGAGGACUGCCUGCUACUGUGACACUUACUGUGAGAAGACAGGAGACUGCUGUGAAGACUACCAAGCUGUGUGUCAGAGGUCAGCAGCUGUCGACUGCAUGGUGGGUCCCUGGGGUCCCUGGAGUAAAUGCAGCUCCCUGUGCGGGGUUGGCAGCAAAGACCGAACACGGCAAGUCACAGUGCCACCUCGAAAUGGAGGGACCCCCUGUCCAGACCUGAAGCAGCGGCGAGGGUGCUUUGGAGAUAGCCCCGUAUGUGAUACAGCUAAAGAGGUGGCUAAGAUUUUGCCUGAUUCCUACAAAAGGGACUUCAAGGACCCCUGGAGAAGACCUCACAUGCUGAUGAAGGAGAAGCAGCCAAGCUACUGUGUCUAUUUUCGCCUGAAGCAGGUGGGAGCUGCCUGCCGUCUGCACUUCUGGAGCAGCCAUCUGCUGAGGGAGCGGCGAGUCUGCGUGGAGUGCCAGGGGGAUGCUGUGGGCAGCCGGAGCCGAUGUGAAGGGGAUGGGCUACAGGGUGCUCGGACGUUCUGGACUGCUGCCUCCAUCGCUGGGUGCCAAGGCUCAUGGGUCCAAGAGUCUUUGCAAGAAACCUGCAUGUGUCCUCCACUGUCCCUCUUAUUUGUGUAACAGUCUGACAACUUGGGUCAUGAACCUUAAAAGAGGAAGUGAGAGAGUGACACAUAUAAGCUGGCAACACAGUGGUUUAUGGCUUUCUGUCACUAGGACAUGCCGGAGGAUGAAGGAAAAGCCUCCUCUGAAUGAAGUUCUUGCUGCCCUUCUUACCUCAUCUCACUUUCUUUAUAAACCCACAUUUUCUAUGAAACUGUUUUUUUCACCACAAACCUAUGUAUUAUUUCAAAGCACAAGAAUGUCUCAUUCUUUUAAACUUUAUACCUCUGAAACCUUGCUAUCUACCUCCAGCAUUGCAGAUAAUAUUGAAGGCAACUCUUUUUCUGUGUUUCUCACUACUUCGCAGAUUUGUAAUAAAAGGAGAGAGAGAAGAAUAUUGCAAUAUCCUUCUUUUAAAAGAUUGUUUUUCAAAAUGCAAGAAAGAAGAAAAUUGCUAGGGCCACUGCACCAAAGGUAAUGAUGAAAUACAUGGGAAAGAGAUUAAAUCUGAGAGAGGAAGUGAUGUCAUGGUUACAUGGGAUAAUAUGGACAUAGUGUCAUAGUUAGCAGUGAAGUCAUUUCUGAAAAAUGAGUCAUUGAACUGAUUUCCUGGGAGGAAAGUGGGAAUAAAAUAGGCAUGUUUAGUGUUAGACAAAACCUAAGGAAAUGCAACCUUUUUUUCUCCUGUGCUGUUGCAUGUACCUGUUCAGAGUUGCUUCCAAGGUAUUAAAGUUAGGGUCAUUGCUUUUCUCUUGACCCUUCAGAUGAUUUGAGUGGGAUGGGGUGCUACUUGCAAUAUCUUCUUUGCAACCUAAAGGUGGUCAAAAUAUGGACUUCUACCUUGAGAAAAGCCUAGUGAAAUUACAUAAGAGGUUGUCAUCUUUUGUUAUGUUUAACACUUUUCUUACUGAUAUGAUAUAUUUAAAAUAUAUCAUAUAAUCUCUUCCCCCAGUAAAUGUAUUUUACUCCCAUUCCUUCCUGUGCUCUCUAUUUCAGCUCAUGGCAAACGCACAGGACAGGGUUUUCAAGCUUUCUAUUUAAUGAAUGAAGUUAUACCUACAUGCACUUUCCCCAAAGCCUCUGGAGUUGCUACCCUCUCCUCUGAGAACAUUAAAAACUCAAGGCAAAUGGUUAAUAGAGGACUUCAGGUGCUGUUGUUUUGACAAUGGAUCCUCGUAGCUCAGACCCCAGGAUGUUAAAAUCCCUGUCAUUGAGAACUUUGCUUGACUAAGCAUCUGCAAAACCAAUACUGGUUUUUGUUUUGUUGCUCCUGGGUUGUAUGUGGUCACCUCUGCUGAUGCAUAGUACCCUGAGGUCUUGCUUCCAGAUCAGACCAGAGGUGACUGUCCCCCGUGUAUGCUUUCCCCUCUUGCUACCCUGGGCUGCUUGUGUCCUGGUUUCCAGCACUCUGCAGGCUCCCUGGGGCUCCUCUCUCCUCACCCUGCUGUGCUGUGCUUGUUUUUUUUAGAAGUAGGCCAAAUGAUGGUUUGGUUUCUAGGUGUAACAAGUGAUUCAGUAAAAACACACUGAGUGGUUUGGAAGCCACCCAGUCAGAAGCUGGAUGCCUCUCCAGUGUUCAGAUAGAACUUGUGCAUGAAGCCAAUGGUCAGUUGCCCAGCAAUAUGUCUGUAAAGUCCCAGUGUUUCCAAAGCUGCCAGUGCCUCUGCAAAUAAGCUGCUUUGAGUUUGACAGAUGAGCACACUAUCCUGCCUGGUGCUGAGCAUUCCUGGCUCCCAUUAAUGUCACAGGAUUGGGCCCCAAGGUUGCCAUUGACUUCAGUGAGUUUCAGAUUAGGCCUGUGCUCUACUGUCACCCUGCACCGGACCAGUUAUAUACAUCAACUAAAAUGGCCAAAACUAGGCUGAGUCUUUAUAACAGAAGUAAAGCUGUUUCAGUGGAACAUUGUUCAAGGAUCAGUGUCUCUUACUACAGCAAGGCGUGCCUUGGCAUCGCCUAGCUCCAUUAAUAUAGUAGUGAGACCAUUCUUAGAUGGCUCCCUUUGUCUGUUGACAUUAUCUUUUCAGAAUUUCCUCCAGUUGAAGGCACCUGCGUAGUUUUAUCGACAGAUGAUCCAUGUCCCUUUCCGGGGCUGUUUUCUCCUUGGUGAUGCAGUUGCAUGUGCUAGUCAGAGCUGUUCUCAGGAAGUCAGGUUCAAACCUCAGGUAAAAAAAAAAAAAAAUCCAACUUGGAGAAUAUGAAUGUAUAUGCUUCCAGCUUGGCCCCAGACUCUUUCUUCUCUGCUGCUGCUACUUGAUGAGAGCCUGGGUAUAUGGUCUCACUGCUAAACGGCAUCGCCCAGUGAUUGCUGCAAGUAACUGUCUUAGUUUGAAUGCUGUACCAGAAGAAAUCAGCAUGAUCAGAACAUGACAGAAGGUGCAUCUUCAUGGAUGCUCUCCAUUUCCAUUGGGCCCUACGGGAAUUUCUGUCUCCUGUUGACUUUUGGUGGAAGUUGGGCAUCUAACUUACUUAGGCUCUUCUGAAAAUCCCAGCCAUAGAUAUUGAAGCCAGAAGGGACAGUUUCGAUCGACAGUUUUGGAUCGUCUGACAGGUGGUUUCUGCACAAGGCCAUUAUAUUUUUAAGUGUCAACCAACAGACUCAAGAUGCUUUGGUUGGCUUUUCCCAUUGACAUUUCUGUGUGCUGCAGAAACUGGCAGAUUGUCGCCUCCGUGUAUGUUAAACAAACACAUUUCUGGAAGGAACCAAGGAGCAUGAUGGGUAAAAGCACAAAUGGCUUCUUCCUGGUUUUUAAUGUUGUAAUAAUUGUCCUGAAGUUUAUAAAUUCCUGUAUCAUUGACAGUCACAUCAUAAGCUACAGGUCUAUUACUGUAUGAUAUCAUGUAAUGACUCCACUUGAAUUGCAUUGAAUAAAGACAUUAGGAAACCUGA